UGGUCCUGCUCGGUCUAUAACAUAAUUAUUACGCACUGCGCAAACAAAAUCGUCAAAAUGAAUCGUGAUGUCGAGUUUACAUCAUCCAACUUCUAAUUUCUAAUUUCUUUAUUAAUACACUCAUAUCGCGAAGUAUAGAUAUGUCGAAAAUCAUGAAACGUACUGUUUUUGAUCUUCCGGUGUCGUUGCGUAUCACAUUCAGCGGACCGAUGGUAUAUCAAGCGCGCACCGCACACAACGUUCGGGCGCCGCGUAUCAAAUAUCCGUUAUGGUAUUUGCAACGAGAGCGGGCAAAGGACGAUCAGCAACUUACCGGAGACAACCGCUCCUUCAUCAAGGAAGCCGUGCAUGACAAAUUUGGCAUGCCGGCUGUGAUUCACGGUAUAUCUACCUAUGAUGUGCGAUCUCCGUUGAGUGAAGACUCUGUCGAGUGCAUGAACGUCGAAUGGAAUCCUAAGUUCCAACGCACCGGGCUUAUAGCUCGCAAGUUGGGCAACUACCCGAUGUGGCUGAACAACGGCAAGAGCGUGCUUACUACCCUUUUGCAAGUUAUUGAUAACCAUGUAAUUAAAUAUAUCCCCCCAGAUGAGUUCAAUCCACCAAGGAAACCAUAUUCAUGUCCUAAUCACAAAAAACAACUAGGAUGUCUACUAGUAGGCGCUGAGAGUGCUGAUCCCCAAUAUUUUACUAAGCAAUAUUGUGGAUUAUUUUAUAGAGAAGGUAUGAUGCCAAAAAAAUACCUUGGCAGAUUUAUGGUUUCUCCAGAAGCUGCUCUGCAACCAGGUACACCACUUUUGGCUUCUCAUUUUCGGGCUGGAGAUUUUAUUGAUGUACGUGGAAAAACUAUUGAUCGAGGAUUUCAAGGCGUAAUGAAACGGCAUGGUUUUCACGGUAUGCCCGCAACCCAUGGUGUAACCAAAUCUCAUCGCCGAGGAGGUAAUGUAGGCCAUGGUGGUGAAAAGGGUAGAAUUUUCCCCGGAACAAAAAUGCCUGGACAUAUGGGUAAUAGAUAUAGGUUACACAAGGGAGCUGAAAUUUUAAGAAUCAACCACAAAUAUAAUGUUAUAUGGAUAAAAGGAGUAGCAUCACCAGGAGAAACAAAUUCAAUAGUUUAUUUGUACGAUACUAUACUACCAUUAAGAAAGCACAAGUCACCACCACCAUUUCCAACAUCCAAAGUUGUAGAUGAUGAUCAAUUAAUAGAUUCAUAUAAAGAGAAUGUAUACAAAUUCACUGACCAAACAAUAACAUUUGAAGAAGACAAAUAAAUGUAUUAUGUAUGUGAAAUAGUUAUUAUUAUUUUAAGAUUUUUGUAAAAGUAAAUUGUUUUUUACACAUAUAAAAAACCAUGUUCAAAGAAUAAGAAAA